AUGCCGUCCAUCGCUAAACAUUUCAACCGACGCCUCUUCCUAUCAGUCGUGCUCAUUGCCGUGUCGCAAUUUAACUAUGGCUUCGACAACCAAGCCUUCGCCCAAACCCAGGCGAUGGACGCUUUCCAGGCACAAUUCGGAGAUUAUGACCCCAAGACAAAGAAGUACGGGUUGAAGACGUACUGGCUGUCCCUGUUCAAUAGUCUACCCUUUAUAGGAUUCGCAAUUGGCUUGAUCAUUGGGAGCAUAGUCAGCGCCAAAUGGGGUCGACGAAUGGCAAUGUUUUGUAUGAGCAUGUACGCACUGAUCUCCGCAACUAUUGUUGUCACAGCACAGACAAAAGGCCAGAUCAUGGCGGGCCGUAUUCUUAAUUAUAUCUACAUUGGUUGCGAAUUGGCAACCGUUCCCGUAUUCCAGGCUGAGAUUGUCCCUGCUCCCGUUCGAGGUCUCGCGGCUGGUGGACUUUUGGUGAACGGUAUUUGCCGGGCGACCAGCACUAAUACUGGAAGAAGUGCAUAUGCUAUUCCUUAUGGGCUCUUCUACAUUGUUCCCAGUAUCAUCAUCUCUCUGAUUUGGUUCAUCCCCGAGUCACCUAGAUGGCUCAUGGUCCAGAAUCGCCUUGACGAAGCUCGAAUUGCUCACAAGAAGUACCGGGAAGGGACAAUGCCGGAUCAGGCAAUCGAGCUCGAGUUCCAGCAUCUCCACGAGGCAUUGCUUGCCGAGCCUGAGCAGGGCCACACAGUUGAAUUGUUUCAGGGCACCAACAUCAAGCGUACUGCUAUCGUGUUGGGAAUGAACUUCUUCCAGCAGGCAACCGGCCAGACUUUUGCUUCUCAAUAUGGCGCCACGAUCCAAACCGGUGCCCUCUUUGCAAUGGGUGGUCUAGGUCUCCAAGACCCCCCUACAUACGGCCAUAAGAGCGGUGAAGUGGCCAUGCUCAUUAUCUUUACUGCAGCAUUCCUGUACUCAUGGGGUCCUAUCACCUACGUCGUGACAACCGAGAUACCCGCGCUGCGGCUCCGCGACAGAUCACAACGCGUCGCAUCAAUCAUGAAUAUAUUUAUGAACUUCCUGGUAACCUUCAUAGUCCCCUACCUCCUCAACGCACCGUACGCAAAUCUGCAUAGCAAAGUCGGCUUCAUCUUCGGCUCGAUCAGUGUCCUGGCAGGUGUCUUCACCUACUUCUGUGUGCCUGAGUGCAAGGGAAGGAGUCUGGAAGAGAUCGAUAGGAUGUUCAUCGAGCACGUUCCCAUCAGGCAGUUCAGGACUCAUGCAAAGAUUCAGAUUGAGGUGGAUGCUGCAGAAGCGGACGCCCCAAGCUCGGCAGAGGAGGGUCGGGCAACCCGCGUCGACGAGACAAAACCUGAAAAGCUGUAA